AUGAAAAGAGGACAAGAGUUUGCGAGAUUCCAAUCAAUUUUAAACGAUACCACAACGAUUAUUCUCCAUCAAAGGAACACCAAAAUAAAUGAAAGUGUAAGAUUAGUCGACAGGAGAAGCAAAGUAAGAAUUACUCCUGAGCUGUUUAAAUUAUUUCCAAAGACUGAUCCAAUAAAUCUACCCAAUGGAAAGAGGUACCGCUCGUGUGCUGUUGUGGGAAAUAGUGGUUCGUUGCGAGAUAGUGGAUGUGGAAAAAAUAUUGAUAAGCAUGAUUACGUCAUAAGAUGUAACAUGGCUCCGCUCAAACCGUUCAAAGUAGAUGCUGGGAUGAAAAAUGAUUACGUUUCCAUGAACCCCAGCAUUUUACGUACAAGAUGA